AUGUUCUCUCUCUCUGUGCAGCAGGGAAAGUCGCUCCCUUUUCCGGCUCUAACAGGCCCUUUUGCUCUCCUCAGGGACCUGAUGCCGAGGACCCUGGAGGGGCAGAUCACCAUGGAGAAGACGCCCAGCUACUUCGUCACCCGCGAAGCGCCCGCGCGCAUCUCGGCCAUGUCCAAGGACACCAAGCUCAUCGUGGUGGUGCGGGACCCGGUGACCCGCGCCAUCUCGGACUACACGCAGACGCUGUCCAAGCGGCCCGACAUCCCCACCUUCGAGAGCCUGACGUUCCGGAACCGCACGACGGGCCUCAUCGACACGUCGUGGAGCGCCGUCCAGAUCGGCAUCUACGCCAAGCACCUGGAGCACUGGCUGCGCCACUUCCCCAUCGGCCAGAUGCUCUUCGUGAGCGGCGAGCGGCUCAUCCGCGACCCGGCCGGCGAGCUGGGCCGCGUGCAGGACUUCCUGGGCCUGAAAAGGGUCAUCACCGACAAGCAUUUCUACUUCAACAAGACCAAGGGCUUCCCCUGCCUCAAGAAGGCCGAGGGCAGCAGCAAGCCCCACUGCCUGGGCAAGACCAAGGGCAGGACCCACCCCGAGAUCGACCGCGACGUGGUGCGUAAGCUGCGCGAGUUCUACCGGCCGUUCAACCUGAAGUUCUACCAGAUGACCGGCCGGGACUUCGGCUGGGACGGAUAACCACAUAAUUUAAAAAGAAAAAAAAAAUAUCAAAAUAUAAUAUAUUUUUUUACCAAUCGGUAGAGAAAAGGCAGUUUAAUAUUUGUGCUGAAAAUGUCUGUUUCAGCAUUUUUUGUUCCCGGUGAAUGUUAAGAGCGUGUUCUCUCCCCUCCGUCCCCAUCUUCGUGUAUCACCGGCACCGAACAUUUGGAUAAACAAAAAAGGAAAACCUCA